GGAAGAAGACGGCCGCAAGCGAAACAACAAAUACCAAAAAAAAAAAAUGCAAAUAUUCGAUCGCUGCGGGCAGAGAAAGUGGAAAAUUCCCGCGUCCUAAAGUGGUCUUUAAACUACACGCUCCGCAUAACGUCACCGUUAGCGCCGCGUCCGCCGCUGAAGACAAGACCGGGGAUGCGAGGACUCUGACGGACAUUUAAGACGUUAUAUUCGACAUGGCUGUGUGGUUAAUACCGGGUGGGGGGUCCGUGUCCACUUAGCAAAGACCGAGCUGUCCCCCACCCGAAUGUGUUUGCGCGUGUCUUUUUUUUUUUUUUGUGAGAAAAUGGGCACGCGGAGCCGAUAGGGCGUUUUUAAAGUGCACCUCUUCUUUAUCCGUUGGACAACCGGCUAGCGUUAGCGGGCUGCCCUCCCCUCUCCGCCCCCCUCCCUUCACGACCCCCCCCCCCCAUACACACACACCCACGCUGGACCUGACCGCUAACCGGACUUUUAUUUCUUCAGAACAGGGGUAAAAAAGCUCCUGCUAUCGGAUGAAAUCUCGUCUCGUCACCCAUCCCACCGUCGCCAGGGGCCUCCGCUGGCAAACUGCGUCACCGAGUGGGCGCUGCAGGUACUCGCCCCUCAAUCUGCACUGUUGGGAACGUCCGGCCAUGGCACGAAUGACCUGGAAGCCCAAGUGACGGAGCCCGGGAGAACCGCCAUGGAGCCGGAGGCCGACUCCAACCCCGAGGCCCGCCGAGAACCGAAGCAUCCCCCCGAGGCCGACGCUCACCGCCGACUCCCCGCCGACAUGCAGGAGGGGGCUGACGGCGCUGGCCGGCGCGUGGACUCUGCGGUGAGAGGCGGGAGUGACCCCAGCGUUGACCCCUCCAGCAGUUAUCAGAGGAACGUGCACCAGAGGUUCAUCAGGAGAAGCCUGUGGUUCUCCGAGGCCGACGAGCAAGCGUUUGAAGCGCCCGAGUGCGACAACAGGAAUAAGAUCCUGAACAUAAACCUGCGGACGAUAGUGGACAGGGCGCGAGGGGCCAGCUGUGGGGCGCAGGAAGGCUCCAGCACCGAAAGUCAAGGUGGGCAGAAGGACAGCGCAACGGAGAGCGCCAGUGCCGACGAGGGGAAGGAUAAAAGCGCAGACGCGGCGAACCUCCCGUGCAGCGAUGGUGGCAAAGCCGCCAUCAAGGCCGCCAGCGAGGAGAACGAGGAGGAGGCGGAGAUGAAAGCGGUCUCCACAUCUCCGGGGGGAAGGUUCCUCAAGUUUGACAUAGAGCUGGGCAGAGGGUCCUUCAAGACGGUCUACAAGGGCCUGGAUACUGAGACCUGGGUGGAGGUGGCCUGGUGCGAGCUGCAGGAUCGCAAGCUGUCAAAGGUGGAACGUCAGCGCUUUAAGGAGGAGGCAGAGAUGCUGAAGGGGCUUCAGCAUCCAAACAUUGUCCGUUUCUAUGACUUUUGGGAGUCGCCCCUGAAAGGGAAGAAGUACAUUGUGUUAGUAACAGAGCUCAUGACGUCGGGAACGCUAAAAACCUAUCUAAAGCGUUUCAAGGUAAUGAAGCCGAAGGUGCUGAGGAGCUGGUGCAGACAGAUCCUGAAAGGCCUUCACUUUCUGCACACCAGGACCCCUCCCAUCAUCCAUAGGGACCUCAAAUGUGACAACAUCUUCAUCACCGGGCCAACGGGCUCGGUCAAAAUAGGGGAUUUAGGAUUGGCAACACUCAAGGCGGCUUCCUUUGCUAAGAGCGUCAUCGGCACGCCGGAGUUCAUGGCCCCAGAGAUGUAUGAGGAACACUAUGAUGAGGCUGUGGAUGUCUACGCCUUUGGCAUGUGUAUGCUGGAAAUGGCCACCUCUGAAUACCCCUACUCCGAGUGUCAGAAUGCAGCCCAGAUAUACCGCAAAGUCACAAGUGGAGUGAAGCCAGCCAGCUACAACAAGGUCAUGGAUCCUGAAAUCAAGGAGAUCAUUGGGGAGUGCAUCUGCCAAAAGAAAGAGGAGCGGUACACCAUCAAGGACCUGUUGAACCACGCUUUCUUUGCUGAGGACACGGGCGUGAGGGUCGAGCUAGCGGAGGAGGACGAUGGGAAAAAGGACUCGAUAGCACUGAAACUUUGGGUGGAGGACCACAAGAAGUUAAAAGGGAAGUACAAAGAGAGCGGCGCCAUCGAGUUUAUGUUUGACCUGGAGAAGGAGGUCCCCGAGCUGGUCGCACAAGAAAUGGUGGAGUCCGGCUUCUUCCACGAGAGCGAUGCCAAGACUGUGGGAAAGUCCAUCAGGGACCGCGUAGCUCUGAUCAAAUGGAGGAGGGGGAGGACGGUGUCUGCUGCGGCCACAGUGAAUCGAGGCGACGGUGGGCACAGGGUCCAGGUGACCCCCCCUCUGGGCAUCGGCGCCGGGGUUGCACACGUGGGCCCGCCUUCGCUGGAUCCGGACGAGCCCGAGGCCGACCAGCACAACAGGCUGCGCAACCUGCCAGCCAGCGGCACGUCAGUGACAUCAGACGGCACACUCGAUAGUGGCAUGGGCUCCACUGUGUUCUCCGACUCCCACAGCAGCCAGCAGAGUGUCCUCUACCAGUCCCUGCUGGAGCCUAUCACUAUGGCAACGCAGCAGUGCCAGAGCAGUGGCCCGUUUCUAACAGAUGGAUCUCACUCCUGUGAAAAGGGGGAAGUUUGGGGGGCAACGCUGAGCCCAGAGCUCAGGACUCGAUUAGGAGCUGCGACCCGAAGAGGAAGCGCCCCGGUGAUCGACACUGGCAGAGCAAGUCAAAUUGCUCAACUCCACGCCCUCAUUCAGUCACACAGAUCAAUCAGCCCCACCCCGACGCAGCCGGACUACCAGUUGGAAGUCCACCCACCACAGCUCCACUCAGAGGCCGAGUGUGGGUUCCCCUUCAGGUGUAGCGUGCCUGAGUACCGUCGCUUCAGCGACACGCCGAUCAGACCGCCAUCAGAGGCCACCGGCGAGAACUCGACCCUCCCUGUGCAGAGCGAACGAAGGCACUCCGACCUCAGUAGCUUUCUGAGUCUGACCUCUCAUCACAAUCACGCCUUUGCCACGCUCCGAGGCCACGUGUGCCAGGUGUGCCUCUCUUUGCUUCUUCUGAGGUCGAGCGAAGGGAGCCACCGCCGUCCGCCUGUCGCCAUGCCAAUGCACCACUUUCCAUGUGACUUGAGGCUCAAACCGUCCUCCGUCGGAGCAGCGGCCGCCCCUGGCUACGGACACCUGAAGGGUUCCAGCGAUUGUUCAAAUUUCUCCCUCCUGCAGCAGUCGCUGUUCAACAUAAUCAGCCGCAAAGCAGCCCCUUGUCCUGCCCAGGCAGCCCCGCUGGCCUCCCCAGCCGCCCCCAGGCCUGCACAUGGCGACGGAGAUAACGGCCCGAACAGUCGGCCGCCGUGUGACGGUUUGGUCGGGGACCAAGAACCCGUCCUGGAAUGUGAGGACGGUGCCAGAGAGCAGAGCGUUACCAGAGCCGUGGGAGUGGCCAGUACUGCAGGUCACCACAAUCAACCUUCUCUACAAGUCCUGCCGACUUCCAGCGGUACUGCAGCGGCGUGUGCACCGCUGCAGUACCUCCAGCCUGGACACAGCUACCCUCCCGCUCCGUAUGUUGGCCAACACAGCGCCGCCACACCAGCUGCAGCUGGUCUCUGUUCAGUCAACAUCCAGCAUGCUGCCGGUGCUGCCAGCUACACACCUCCGAGUGUGCAACAGACCCAACUUGGGGCAAAUAUCUCAGUAUCAGCUGUGCAGCAACAUGGUGCACAGAGCUACCAAGCACCAGGUCACCACCACCAUCAUCACCAACAACAACACCACCAACAACAACAACAACAGCAGGCAGCGGCAGCAAGCUCUUUGACUUUUCCUCUGAACGUGCAACAAACUUGUCCGAACUGCGUGGUCGCCACUCAGCAACAGGCUCACAGUGCUUCGGGAUGUCACACUCCGGUUCGGCAGCAGACUGCCGCGGCAGCGGCCACCCUGCCAGCACAGCAGCCAGCACAAGGCUACCCUCUUGCAUCUGUAGCCCCAACCGUUGCAGCCAUGGCCCAGUGUCAUAUUGCACAAGCUCCCGGUGCACUACAACACGUCCAAGCCGCGGUCCAACUGCCAAGUCAGAGCUCCUCCACACCAGCACUUUACAGCCAGCCGAUGGCCAUUCAACAAGAGCACCAACUGAACAGUCAGACCAACGUACAGCUGGCGCAACACGCGCGGCAGGCUCACAUUCAGCCUCAAGUCCAGCAUAACAAAGAAGCUCUGCACACCAUGCACCAACAAAUGGCACAGCCGCCUACCCGCCUGUCUCAGGGUCAGCAGACCCCAACUCUCCAAAAGCACAGUCAGACAGCCAUGCAGAGCCAGGACCGAUGCCAUUCUAUAGUCCAACAGCCCCCCCAGGUCGCGCAGGUUGAAGCCACACGCCCGAGUUACCCUGCCGCUGGUCAGCCUGAUGCCUCAUCGCAGAGCUCUGCCCACUCGGCCCUCACUGCGCUGCAGCAGCAGACUACUCCGCCACAGGUCCAGUACCUGUCCGCACAGUCCUCUGGAGCUCCACAGGCCUUCGGAGCACAGCAGUUUCAAAGUCCCUAUCUUUGCAUCGCUGCUGUCCUGAACCAGAAGAAUCCUGCUGGUCUUAGCAUUUCACAGCUCGGACAAGAUGGACUGGCUUCGAGUGCGCCGGGCCAAGUGCUGCCUCCUCAACAGUCGAUGACUCAAGUCCCCCAACAACUCCAACCUCUGCACAUUUCAAACCCUCUACCACCAACACAUCCAUCCCAGUUUCCUUCGCAGUAUCCCACAAUCCAGGUGAUGACAGCUGUGACUGACUGUGAAUCCUCCCACCCUCACUCCUGCUCUGCUCCUCACCCCUCGACCUGCUCCUCUCUCAAUCACAUCUUCCUUUCUCCUGGACAGACUGUGACCCCCUCUGUCUCCCCCCUUUCUCCUCUGCACACACACAACAACGCGUUAGUUUCACCCACCCCGGUGUCCCUGAUGCCGUCCCCCUCGCCCAUGCUGGCUAAGGUGGGACCCACAUCCCCACAGCACCAGCACGCCGCUGUUCAGCAGCAGCAGCAGAGUGUGCGAUCCGAAGCUCCUCACUCGCAACCCGCGUUCAUAUCGGCCCCGUCCACCCACCCCUUACACACACACACUGCCCCGUGCCAGAACACACACCCUCCCACAAAUGGCAGCACUCAGCCUCUGAUGCAGGUUCCCCAGCAGGCGCCGGUCAGCCACCCUGAGCUCAUCCCCUUUGCUCAGCUCAGCCAACCCGCAGUCUUCCCUACUCCUCUGCAAAAUGGGUCCGACGCGGUCGCCGUCACCACUGCUGCCCAGCCGGACAACAGGAACCCACAGGGCCAGAUUUCGGCACCCUGUGACUCUGCCAGCUCCGGUCUGACUCAGCAGAAACCGCUCAGUAACCUCACCGAUGCUGCAGGUCAGGGCCCAGCAGAGACCAGCGCGGAGGAUCAGGCAGCAGAGAAGCACUCUGGAGGACAGAGCUAUGACAGCCUCAACUCGGACGCCACGUCGGGGAAGGAGAUGAGCGAUGGUUACGAGGGGACCCACGGAGGUAAAGGCGAAGCGAAAGUCCGCAAACACCACCGCAGGUCCACGCGCACUCGCUCUCGGCAAGAGAAGAUCAGCAGGCCGAAGCUCAACAUGCUCAAUGUGUGCAACACUGGCGAUAAAAUGGUCGAGUGCCAGCUGGAGACUCAUAAUCACAAAAUGGUCACUUUCAAGUUUGACCUGGAUGGAGACGCACCGGAGGAGAUCGCUACCUACAUGGUGGAGAACGACUUCAUUCUGCCUUUAGAGAGGGAAGUGUUCAUAGAGCAGCUCAAGGACAUCGUGGACAAGGCUGAGGACAUGCUGAGCGAGGACCCCGAGGGCGAGCGGAGCUCUGACCACGGCGGAAGUCCGAAGCAGAGCGACGGCGCUCUGGGAGCGGAGGGAUUGAAGGCUUCCACACCCAGCACACCGCAGCUGGUGUACCAGCAAAACGUCCUCCACACUGGCAAGCGCUGGUUCAUCAUCUGCCCGGUGGCUGAGACGCCUACACCGGACAAAGAGAAGACCACAGGUCACACCUCUGCAGCCCUGGGUAUUCUUCACACUCAGAACUUUGUGUCAUUAAUACCUUCCGUCCUCAGAUUGGCUAUUUUUGGAUUUGAGCCCGACGAGCAGCAGCUUUCUACACCAGUAGAAUGUUUUCUGUUUGCAGACCGCACCAUCAAGACUUUGGACGAGCACCGCUAGAGGAACCUGUUGUACCAGGAGCACGCUCCCUCCCAGCCCUCCAGCACUCCAUCCGACCCCCAGGUCUCCAGCACAGAGGGGGUGAGCUCCCCUCCGGUCUCAGACGGCCAGAGCUCCGAGGGAGCACACGCAAAGAAGAAAGGGGAGCCGCUGCCUCAGAUUCCGGAGCGCACAGAUAGUGUGGGUGCACUAAGUGACUCUGCAGUGGCGGCCACCAACAGGGUUUUGAACAAAGGCGAUGUGGCCACCAGCUCCAGUCCAACAGGCUCCAAAAGCCGCUUUCAAAUCAUCCCGACUCCACCGGAUGUCGUUUGCUCUUUGGAGAAAAGCAAGAACAGCUGCGGCACCCCGGCGCCCUCUAGUGGUUCUGCGGGCUCACACAGCCAGUCCCAGGGCCCGGGCAGGAAAGACGAGGACUGCGCGUCCCCGGGAAAGUCCUCGGGGACAGCUGCAGCCGAUCGCGACCGAACGUCCAAACCACAAAGUAGUAACCGCUACUCCGCCCCGCCGAACUUCUAUCGGGCCACCCCGACGACCAGCCCCGAUGUCACCCCGCGGCACAUUCCCCGGGCCCAGACGAUGGACACCCCGACCCGUCGCAACUCCCACCACCCCUCUCACCUCUACUCGGACUCUGCGGACGAGGACAGCAGCGUCGCCCUUCCCCCGGCCCAACCGCCGCCCCCUGCUCACGCCGCGUCCGAGCACAGUGGAAGCGACCUCAUGAAGAGGGCGGUGGCGUUCCUGCGGCGCUCCGGUCGGAGCAAAAGCGAGCAGAGCUCCGAUUCGCCGAGCCGGCAGGCCGCGUCGAUGAACGGCCACGCCCACUCGCCCUCCACGGGACACGCCCCCUCGUCUUACAUGAGCAGCGACAACGACUCGGAGUUUGAGGAUGCGGACAUGAGGAAAGAACUGCAGAAGCUGAGAGAGAAACACAUGAAGGAGAUCUCGGAGCUGCAGGCGUUCCAGAGGAGCGAGAUUGAGCAUCUGUACACGGAGCUGGGCAAAACGCUGCCCCCCAACGUCUGCCUGGUCCACGCCGCGCCCCCAAGCGGCCGCAGGCGCAGGGCCAGCAAACACAAGCUGAAGGCCGGGAAGCUGCUCAAUCCAAUGGUGCAGCAGCUCAAAAACAAUCUCAACAUCUCGGCGGAGAGGAAAGGUGAGAGUGGAGCCAGUUCGUCCAGCUCCCCGGCUAAAAGUUCGGUUCUGUCGGACGGCUCCGUCCACUCCAGUGGCAGCUCCAGCUCCAGCAACCCGCCGCAGGGCGGCGGUGCGGAGCAGGUCCUCACCCAGCAGCCCUGUUCCCUGAAGGGCUCCUUCUCCUCGGACAACAUCUACGGCGGGCUACACGCGGAUGGAACGGCCAACCAAGCCGGCCCCGGCCAAGGCUGGACGGUUUUCCACCAAACGUCAGAGAGAGUCACCUAUAAGUCUAGUAGCAAACCACGCACUAGAUUCCUCAGUGGACCUGUGUCUCUGUCCAUCUGGUCCACUCUGAAACGACUAUGUCUAGGCAAAGAUCGCAGUAGUAGGUCCGCCUCCAACAGCGCCGCGGCUCAGCCCCAGCCGCCACUCGCCGCCGCCGCCUCCGCCGCCACGCCGUCUCCCCGGCCAAUCGCACGGCUCGCUCAGGUCCAGACCAACAACAGCAACAACAAGAGAGGCACGUUCACCGACGACCUUCACAAACUGGUGGACGACUGGACGAAGGAGACCGUGGGGGCGGCGGCCAAUCAGCCGCGCCCCUCCCUCAACCAGAUCAAACAGCAGAGGCGGCAGCAGGACCUGGAGGCCAGAGCGCCGCCCGCGCACGAGACCAAAUGCCACGGCGGCCCCCGCAAGUUCCACGCGCCCCUCCCCUGCCCGCUGCCCGCCGCUCGGGCCCCGGGGGGGCCAACGAGCCUCGCCCCCAACGCCUCGGCGACGCUCCCUCCGGGGUACCUUUCGCCAACGGGCUCGUAUGGCGGCGCCGCCGCCCCCGGCCCUCUUUACCCUCAGCAGUGGCCCGGCCCCGCCGGCCCGCUCGCUGCUGCGGGGAUAAUGCCCUACACCACGACGGCGAACCGGCCCACCGGGACAGAGGGCGUGGCCCACCCUCUGUCCCUGCACGACCCCGAGAGCGGCCCCCGUCUGAAGACCGCUAGGACUACCUAAGCGGCUUGCCGGCGCCGAUCGGGCGCCGUCGUCCAGCUCACUGGUUCAGUGAAGCCACAGAUGUACAUAAUCAGAUCCUGUAAAGUACAUGAUGCCAAGUGUUGAUAUUCUUUAUACAACACCUAUAUCUGUAAUUAAUGUGUGUGUGGGCGCGCGUGUGCUAUCCAGUAUGUGUUCAGUAUGUAUGUCACAGUAACUAAUGCUUUUUGGCUUUGGUCUUGACUAAACUCAGCCAUAAAAGACAAUUUGUCUGCUGUCUCAAACGGUUUCACUUUAUUCUUCAUUACAGCGUUUUCCACAUUGAUUUGGGCCUUUCUCACUUCAAACACUACAUUGGAACCCAAAUACCAGUGGUGUGAGAUACAGUAUUGAUGAUGAAGAUAUUUUAAGGAAUGUAGUGCCUUGAACAUUGAUUUCUUUCUUCUGUGAAACAAAGCAUGCGUGCAUAAGAGUUAUUUUAUUUGAUGGUAGCUUGAGUGCAGUCUCUUUUUUUUUUUUUUUUAAUGCAUUACAGACACUUUUGGUUUCGGUUUACAUAUGAAUGCCCUUGUAGAACUGCACUAUUAACACUAUGCUCUUAUUUAAAAUAAUAAAAUCAUGUUUUAACCCUUGUUUACUUUCCACCCCUGUGACAGAUGGAUUGCCAUAGUGGUGAGAUGUUGCCUUGCAGAAACAAAUAGUUAACGUACGACUGAUGAGAGAGAGAGAAGGACAAAAAAAAAAAA